GUAUUGAAAUUGGUAUUAUACCUGCAAUGUUCUCCUUGAGUCCUUGGGCAUUCAAGGGAUUUAUGCUCGGACACCGAGCCGAAACCAACGGACUACGAUGUUCUGACUAUACUUGACAAUUGGCUUGGUUGUCCUAGUCAGACUGUCUGAUAAUCCAGGAUGUCAAUAAACUCCACCGUUUUUAUUGGCACAUGUACGUUUAUCCAGGCUCCAACGCGAGAGCAUGCCUCCCCACCUCUUGGCAUGUCAUGCAUAAGCUCUCAAGGGGCCAAUUGGUCGCGCGGCUGAGUGUACGGGCCACUUUCACUUUACACAUUACGAGCCGCUCUUUUAAUCGCUGCUUUGGCAAUGGUCUGUUUGGUUCACAAAUGCCGAAUCAUGGAGCAAUUCUGUGUUUCAUCUUUCACCAGUCUGGGGUAACUUGCCGCCCUCGAGAUGGAGUGUACCAUCAGUUACAAGCAUCGUCGCGAAACAAUGCGACCGAUUUCAAGACCUCUCGGGAAGCUAUAAAGAUCGCUUGGUCAUUGCCCAUCCGGCUGUCUCCUCUCUCUAAAAGCUUUCGAAAAAUUCUCGGCCUUCUGAUCCUGGGAUUCGUUCACGCAGUCAUGUUCACGGCUACAGGACUCCUUGCUUCUCGCCUGACUACACUUGGAAACGAAGUACUGGUUCGAAGUACUAACUGCGGCCAGUGGUCACCCGGUAUUAUUGCCCACAGCUCAGAUCCUAAACGCGCCUUGUAUGAAUAUGCCACCCACUUGGCAGUCAAUGCCGAACUUUUUCGGCUCAAUAUUUUGGGGACCGUUUGAACGGGAGUCAAUCGACCACACAAAUCCGAUCGUCCACGGAAUGUAAUGUCUUUAAGAUCCCCAAGCUGUCCUAAACCGCCACACAUAACGUUACCUGUCCCUUCGCAGAGGAAAUGUGUCUUGGUCCAUCAAUAGCUCCGUGUCUUUUGAUACUGGGCUACUAGACUCUUCCAGCCACCUUGGGAUCAAUGUGGCGAAGAAGAACAGAGUACAACUUCGAAAAGCGAUGACAUGUUCUCUAAUCGUUGCCAAAGCAUUUGUUCAUAACGGAAACGCAACUCUCAUUGAUGGCCAUUUCACAAGUUUCGCUACGGCGCUCUAUCGUCCGGAACGUUCGCCUAAUGACCCCCUGGCGUUGAUUCAAAACUUGUGACGAACUCGACUGUUCUUAUUAGAAGC